AUGCGGUCCGUCACCGCGUGUCUGAUCUUUUUCUACUGUGUCGGAUUUAUUGAAUGUAAACCCUCAUCGCCCUGUCCGAGCGGACAGUUUCUGCUGAAGAGCCAGUGUGUCCUCUGCCAUCCCACCUGCUCCGAGUGCUACGGACAUGAGCUGUUUGAAUGCACUACCUGUGGAGUUGAUGAAGAUGGACAGGAACGUUUCCUCCACCAAGGUCGCUGUCGGACACACUGCCCCCGGGGACUCUAUCCUGACAGGGGUCACUAUGCCUGUCUGCCCUGCAUAGCCAAUUGUGAACUCUGCACAGAUGGCAACAUAUGUGCAAAAUGUCGGGAACACUACAAACUCCAGAAUGGGGUCUGCCAAACGGCCUCCUGCAACACAGGGCAGGUGCAGGACCCUGAUACAGGAGAGUGCAUUGACUGUGAGAUGGGCUGCAAAACAUGUUCCACAGAGGACCCUGAGAUCUGCAACAGCUGUGUGGAAGGUUACUUUCUCUUCAGACACCAGUGUCGCAGACAUUGCCCCCAGAGCACCUAUGAGGACUGGGGCAGCGGUGUGUGUCUGUCCUGCCCAGCACCAUGCACAGAUUGCAGGAGUAACACACGCUGCCUCGCCUGCCAGCCUGGUUACUUUCUCAAUGGAGGUGAUUGUAUUAAACAGUGCCCACCGCAGACCUUCAGUGACUCCAGUGGGUGGCUCUGCCAGUCUUGCCACGGCUCCUGCCAGACAUGUCACGGGCCUCGGUCAACCGACUGUAACCUGUGUCUUGGUGGGAACCCUCCUCUACACGGGCAGUGCCCUCUGGUUAACUGCCCAUUGGGACAGUACUUUGACGGGAAAUACAGUGAAUGCCUCGCAUGUGAUGCAUCCUGUAAGACCUGCUUUGGCCCUCAAGCACUGGAUUGUUCUACUUGUUUCAAAGGAAUUUUCUUGGGUCAGGACAGUUCUUGUGUAGCGCAGUGUCCAUCUGGCUCCUACGCAAACUCUGCCACUCAGUUGUGUGAGGACUGCUCACCAAACUGCGAGGCCUGCGUGGACACCAGUGAUAACUGCAUCAGCUGUUCCUAAAGGCAGCUAUAAACUCUUUCUCCACCAGGGGAGGUGCUGGUCAAAUUGCCCAGAAGGAUUCUUUGAGACAGCAGAGGGGUCAUGUGAAGCCUGUGAUAGCUCCUGUUUGUCAUGUGAUGGGAUCAAGUCCCAGUGUCUGUCCUGUGCUGAUGGACACUACUUGGAGAUUGGUA